CGAGAGAGCAAGCGGCGGUCGAGUCGAUCGAGCUUGGCCGCCAUGGCGCGUGGGUGGGAGGACCUGCCGCCGGACCUCCUCGUGCACAUCGCCGGUGGCUUCUCCAUCCAAGCCUACACCCGACUCCGCGGCGUCUGCGCCGCCUGGCGCGACGCCCUCCGGCCGCCCUCGCCGUCGCUCCUCGUCCUCCGCGACCGCCACGCCGGGCAGCGCUUCGCCGCCUGGUGCGUGUCCCCGAGGAUGGUCUCCACCGCGCUCCACGAGACGCUCGCCGCGAGGCUCUCCCCGGCGAGCCGCUGCGUCGGCUCCGGCGACGGCUGGGUCGCCGCCCACGUGCCCGGCGGCGCCGUCCUCGUGAACCCUCACACCGGCGACGAGAUCCCGCUCCACUCUUUCCCCGGCGGCGGGGGGAAUAAUGUGGUGGUGUUCAAGGUCGUCUUCGCGCCGAACCCGACGCCGAGCGAGUUCACCGCGGCGGCGAUCACCGGCGGCGGCCGCGUCGUCUACACGACGAACGGGAACAGCGGAUGGACCGACUUCAAGUGCCCCCGCCUCGGCGCUCACGGCGACGGGGGCAGCAUCGCCGACGUGGUGUACCACGACCACGGCGGCGGCAAGAAGGUGGUGUACUGCCUCACGGCCGGCGGCGACGUGCACGUCCUCCGCCUCCCCGCCGGCGGCCAGCGAAGGACGACGGCGUCGCUGGUGCCACUGUUCGACAAGCCCGCCGCGACGUUCUACCCGGCGGCCGCGUUCGCGCCGCCGUACGACACGGUCCGCACCUUCGCCGACUCCAAGAACCUGGCCGUCUGCGGCGACGGCCAACUCUACCAGAUCUGGAGGGACGACGACGCGAACGCCACCAUGUUCGUCCUCAGGUACCACCCUCGCCGCCGCCCGUGCUGGCUGCCGGCGAAGGACCUCGGCGGACACGCGGUGUUCAUCGGGAAGAACAACGCGGUGGCGCUGCGCGGGGACGACGGCGGCGGCGCGACGCCGGCGCCGAGAGCCAACUGCGUGUACUGGACCGACGUCUGGACCGAUCGGGCCAAGGUGUUCGACGUGGUGACCGGCGAGUCGACGUUGUGCUUUCCUGGCGCAGAAGGUCACAGUGUCGUCUGCUGGUACCACCUGGGUGACGUGCGCAGCAGCAGCCGUACGAGUGUGGCAACGUCAUCAGCUCAUCAGCUUCAUAAAAGGGCUCGCCAUGCAUGA